CUCCCCAGUCUGUUGCCCUAGCUGACAAUCGAGCGCUCUCGGUUCCCCCCUGCCCGAGCUGACCGCCGCCGAGACGCCGCCACGCCGCCACCCCCUCCACCUCCCGCCGCCACUACAACCUUCGCCUCCGCGCAAUUGGCCGCACGCACUCCUUUCCCACCUCCCGCUACUGGGUGGCGUGGGCCGGUCGGCGGCGCGGACGCGUGGAGAUCCGCCCUCUCGCACGCGGACUGCUGCUUCCUUCGCUAGGAGAUGGAAAGUAAGUGCUGUCAGGGCUCAUGAUUUCUUUCGGGAGAUCCGGAGCUGUGGUUCCUGACUGACUCAUCAUCUCAGGGACACUGCCAAGUACAAUUCAGAGAUUCAGAAGAACUUUUGCAAGGAGAAGGGAGGUCUUGUACUUGGAACUACUUGAUAGCCAUAUUUUUAGAGGUUAGCAUAAGGAGGUUGGGAUGACUAGUGAAACUAGGAAACAGCGUUCCAAGUGGGACACAAAAGAAGGAUCUCAUGAAGUAGUUGAGAUCAGUGAAGAUGAGUCUCCUGAUAAGACAGAUGUUCACCGUAAAGGUGGCGAUUUACACACAAAACCUGACACAUCCAUGCACCACGAAGGUGCUGGAAAUGAGAAGGAACAUGCUGAUGGGUUCAAUAAAGAUAUGAAGGAAAUACAACCUAAGGCAUCCUCUGAAAGAUCACAGCCUCUUAGAAUGGCUGAUGAGCAUGAUAAUAAUGAGUGGAGCAAGGCAGCUGGUAACCAAGGCACGAACAGAUAUGCAGAUGAUAGAAGACGUGGUGAUGGAUGGGGUACAGCUCCUAGUCGUGGUUAUUCUUCUACUAGGGCGCCUUCUGAUCCAGAUGCAUGGAGGCAGUGCAGCCGAAGUCCAUCUCCAAGAGGGGUUUGGAACAGACCACGCAGGAACAGGAGUCGUUCCAGAAGCAGAAGCAGAAACAGAAGUAGGAGCAGAAGCAGGAGUAUAGGGCGAGGUAGAGGCAGGAGCAGAAGUCCAUAUUUUGCUGAUCGUGGAUCUGAGUGGAGGGUUGAGAGAGGCAGAACAUCUGGAGGACCUGUUCGGCCCUGUAGGGAUUUUGUGUCUGGUAGGUGCAGAAGAGGCUCAAAUUGCAGGUUCCUUCAUGAAGAUGGUGGGCACAGGCCAUUUGAAGAUCAUUAUCCUGCUGACCCAAGGGAAAGGUUUCCUGCCGACCCAAGGGAAAGGUAUGGGUAUCAGAGCAAGGAGUUUAUGGAUACAAGAGAACCAAAUGACUAUCUGCGGAGUAGGCAAUCUCGUGAUCGUUAUGAUGAUGGGCCUUGGGAAAGAUCUGAACCUCGAAGGGAUUAUCGGUAUCCUGCACCAUGCAUUAAUUUUGCCAAAGGGAAAUGCAUCAGAGGUGCUAGUUGCCUAUUUGCGCAUGGUGAUUCUGCUUCUCAUGGUAGAUGGAGAGAUGAGGCUAGGGAAAGUGCCCAUGAUAGAGUUGGCCCUGAUUCAUCCUAUGGGAAUAGGACUGAGCACCGUAGGGUAAAUAAAAACCCUUGUAAGUUUUUUGCUGAAGGUCGUUGUCGCCGUGGUGAAAAUUGUCCAUAUCUCCAUGAGGAAGCUCCCCAGAGUCAGAUAGGAGUGAGUGCACCUGAUGAGGAUUUGAAUCACAGUGAUGGGCAUGCAGCAAGAGGAAACUAUUCAAACUGGGGUGAACAAAAUAAUGCUGUGCAUGCAACCUCUCAGAUUUUAUCCAGGGAUGACAGGGAAAAUCCUAUUUCUCAGAGUAUUGGCAGAAAUGAUUCUCGCAAUGAUUAUGAAAACCGGCAUUCAAAAGAUUCUGGAAAGAGCCAGUACCAAAUUAUUCCUCAGGAAGAUUUUGGUUCACAAGGGCAAAAGAAACAUGAAGCUGCUAUUCCACCACAGCCACAAUUGUUGACUCCUGUGCAGACUACUGUGCAUAGCAUGCAUGAUGAGAAGGUAUCUGAAAUGGACAGUCAGAAUGCUCCUUCAAGCAUUGCAGAUUUGAGCGUGCAACCAGGGCUGCAUAGUGCUAAUAUUAUAGCAGAACAAAGCCUGGGUCAAAUACUUCAGAGACAUGAUGCAAUUCCUCAUAUUCCUGGGCAACCAACUCUUCCGGUCACCACACAAUUGCAGAAUGUUACAUCCUCGUUCCCUUCAAAUAGCCACGUGCAACAAAAUAACUUUCCUGUACAUCAAAACAGGCAAGAGCAGUUUGUAGUUCCACAGGCAGCUGCAAAUAACUCAACUCCCAGCAUGCAGGGCCAGCCAGUUGCUUCUCAUAUGGGGCACGGCCAACAUGGUGGCUAUGGUCUAGAGCCACAGGCAUUGCCAAAUCUCUCUGCACAUAAUGGGCAUAAUUUCAAUGUUGCCAGUCAAGUUCCACCAAAUAUAACAGCUGUGCAUGCUGGGCAGACUCAGGCGACAAUUGACAUACCAAGGUUGGGUCAAGACAAUGGUCCUCAAAGCAUACACAACAUGGAGAUCCAGCCAAUGUCUCCACAUGUGCAAAGUCAAUCCUUGCAGGGGUUACCCGUUGUGCCAACUACCAGUUCAGCUGAUAUGACUGGAGUUCCUGUUUCUCACAAUGCUGUGAAAAGCGAAGAAGUUAGCCGAGUUACUGCAUCCUUGGCACAAUACUUUGGAAAUACCGCUUUUGGUGCUGGUACAGUUGGAUUACAAUCAUCACAGUCUAAUAUGAAUGCAAGCCUGGUGGCCACUUCAUCUGCUGCUCCACCAGCUGUCCAACCCAAUCAGUGGCACUGGGCGCAGCAACAAACAGGCAUAGUCCAACCUGGUCUUCCCGUGCCACCUCAAAUGCAGCAACAGCAGGCUCCCCAGAGCUUCCAGACGCCAAUCGCUGUUGGUAGCAGUAAUGGAAAGUCUAUGCUCUUACCUAAUGCAGCUGCACCAGUUGGUCCCACUGCGGCUGCUUCGGUGGCAAAGGAAACCGUGCCUCCAGAAAGCAAGAAAGGAGAGAAGAAAAAUAGCGAUGCAGAGGCACAUGAAGACGGUGAUAAUAAUAAGAAGAGCAAGGACUCUAAGCAACUGAAGAUGUUCAAGGUUGCACUUGCAGACUUUGUGAAGGAAGCGCUGAAGCCAACGUGGAAAGAUGGCCAGAUGAGCAGGGAGGUUCAUAAAACCAUCGUGAAGAAGGUUGUCGACAAAGUUACAAGCACUGUGGAAAAUACCCCUCCGACCAAAGAGAAGAUUGACAUCUACAUGACCUACUCCAAGGAGAAACUAAAUAAGCUUGUGCAGGCAUAUGUUGGCAAGUAUGCCAAGGCGUAACGCUGUUUCGCCAAUAACAUUCUGAUGUGCAUUUUGUGCCCGAGGUCUGGAAGGAUUUGAAGCACCGCCUGCAUCCGUGCCCAGAGGUUUAGGAUUUGUGAAGUAGGAGCGGGGUGGGCGCUCCUGGGCGAAAGCCGUCAGUCUUCUGCUGCAGUUUCAGAGUUUAGCGUGUUGUUUGGUAGACAGGUUGUGGGCAAUGAUGCCGUUCCAACAUCUGACUGUAACUUUUGUAGAAUUGUUUUAUUCGGGGAUUGAACAUUGUCUAGCGAAAUCAUGCAUUGUGUGGACCAAUUUUUUUUUUAUGAAUAUAGGACUAUAGGAGGCAUGGUACAUGUAUGCUGUGAUGUGUUUGUGCUCAUCGAUUCGUCAUGUCCCAGGGCUGUGGCCUUCUGCUGAUUGUGUCUGGUAAUAUCAGUUUGGUCUUGUGAACA